AUGUAAGUGGCAAUUAACUAGUGCCAAAGGCUCCACAAAACACUAUAUUUGAUAUUUAUAUAAAUCCCACAUUUCCCAUGUUAAAGAAACACAGCUCAAGCUAGAGGCAAAAAUGGCGUUAGAGAAUGUGAAGCAUCGGGCAAAAAUGGUGAUGAAUAUGGCGACUGAAAGCAAGAAAAUCGGAGCUGAAGAUCCUAGAAAAAUUCUCCACUCACUCAAAGUGGGAUUAGCCAUGGCGGCAGUCUCUUUAAUCUACUACUUCGAUCUCUUUCGCGACGGCUAUUCCACCGGCAGUGGCCUUUACGCCAUGUGGGCCGUCAACACCGUCGCCGUCGUCUUCGAGUUCUCCAUAGGAGCGACGAUUGGCAAAGGGGUGAACAGAACGUUAGCGACAGUGGUCGGAGGUGCAUUAGGCGUCGGCGCACACGGCGCCACCAGCUUCGCCGGGAACACGGCGGAGUCGAUCAUGCUUGCGUUCAUCAUUUUCUUCAUAUGUGGUGUGGCGACAUUUGGUCGGUUUAUUCCGAAGCUGAAGGCGAGAAACGACUAUUUUUUCCUGAUAGUAAUAGUGACGUACGGGUUGAUAGCGGUGUCGACUUUUAGAGGAGAAAAGUUGAUAGAGAUGGCGGAGAAAAGGCUAUCUACUGUGUUGGUUGGUUAUGCUACAGUUCUGGUUUGCUGUUGCAUAUGCCCCUGUUGGGCCGGCCAAGAUCUUCACACUCUCGUUGCUACUAAUAUCGACACGCUCGGAACCUUCUUGGCAGAUUUUGGAGACGAAUAUUUCGAGACAGCCAAUAGUAAUGACAAAAGCCAUGAAAUAAGAGCAUCAAUGGAAGGAUACAGAGCCGUUAUUAACUCAAAGAGCGUCGAAGAAUCAUUGGUGAAUUUCGCGAAAUGGGAGCCUAGACACGGCAAAUUCCGAUACUGGCACCCUUGGGACCACUACGUUAAAAUAGGCGCGUUCACGCGAGAAUGCGCCUGCAAGUUGGACGCGCUCCACGCCUGUCUCGACUCCGACAUGCAGGCGCCGUCGGGAAUCCGAGAGAGGAUGAAGGAGGCAUGCACCGCGAUGAGCUCGGAAUGCGGCAACGCUCUGAGGGAAGCGGCGCAGGGGAUGAGGACCAUGACUCGCUCCGCGCUCGCUGAUGCUCACGUCAGCAACGCGGAAGCCGGCGCCAAUAACCUCAAAUUGCUGCUGCAGACUCCCGUUUGGGGCGACGCCCGUCUCCUCGACGUGUGUCCGGCGGCGACCGUGGCGUCGCUGCUCGUACAAAUCGUUUCUUGCACGGCCGACGUGGUGGAUUCUGUUCAUCAACUCGCCAACUUGUCCAAAUUCAGUAAUCCUAAUGAAGUUAAACCCCAUCACACUCACGCAGAUGUUGUGCUCGUUAAUCUCCCCAUUGGUAAUGUUGAAAGAUGAAGAAAUUUGUAUCUCUGAGAUUAUGUGGACCGAUUUGACUAAUCUUGAUUACACCAUCAAUUUGGUGUGGAUUAUAUCCAAAUUAUUUGGAAAUAUGAUGGUGUGGUGUGUUAGGCUAGGCUAGGCUAGGCUAGGCACUUAAUUUCAUGAGUUGAUUGGUUCGUGAUUUAGUGUAAUACUAUAUAAUAAAUGAAGGGUUAAUAGUGUUUUAUAUUUCUGA